AGCUGUUCUGUUUUAAAUCUCUGCAGAGAAACCAAGAGCCAUGCUGAUCCAUGAAGGGGAAAUAGGUACCAGCCUUGCCUAGCCUUGGGCCAUGCUCAUGCCACACAGGAGCAGGAAGGGGGCAGCAGCAAAGCAUGGGGAGUGUCUCUUUAAAGGCCUGGCAUCUCUGGGUUGUUGGGAUGAAGGCCUGGAAUGGCACUUGUACCUCCUGCCUGGGAGGUAUAACUCCUAUUGGAGGGGUCUGGUGACCUUGCAAACUGGUUCAUGGCAUCCCUGCCUACCUAACCCAGACCACCAGUCCUUCUAUCCCAUCCAGGGCACUUCUGUAGCCUUCCUGUGUGUGAAGACACAGAAACCCUUUGCCCUGUGCUUUGGGUCUCUGCUGAUCUCUGAAGACGGGCCCAGGUGAUGAAAGAGGUAAGACCUAGAGGCAGAGGGAGAGGACCCAUUUUUAAAAGCCCAGCGAGCACAGACACGCCACCUGGGAUCCCAGCCUUCCUUGAGCCUAGCCAGCAUGAGUCACCCAUAGUCCUUCACCUGUGGGUUGCAACACAGUUGACAGAAACUCCACAGUCUUCCAUGACGUGGGCAGACAGGUACAUACAGAGGAGUGUGCCAUCGUUUGGACUACAAUAAGUUUUGCAGUUAUAGUUGGCACCAAAUAGCCCUUCUACCACCAAUAACCUCUGUGAAGUGGUUGGGUGCCCAGGCUCUGCUCUCAGAUUAAAUCCCAACUCUAGCUCUACCACUGCCUAGCCCUGCAGCUUGAGUAGUUUACUUCAGUAUUCUGUACCUCAGUUUUCUCAUCUAUAAAACAGGGAUAUCCAAAGUGCCUAUCUCCCAGGGUUGUUGUAAGGAUUAGAUGAGACAACACAUGCAAAGGCAUAGCACAGUGCCUGGUGCCUGUGGUAUACAAAGCACCUACUAGGUGCUAGACACUGGAGAUUCCGCAGUGAGGACACAGUCUUUGCUCUUAUGGAGUUUACAUACCAGAGGAAGGGGAGAAAGACAAUAAACAAUUAGAAAAAUACCAUAAGUCACGUUACAUUAUAUCAUAAGUCCUAAGGGUUCUGCAGAGAACAGUAAGUAUUGUGAUCCAGAAUGACUGAAUGUCUACUUUAUGAACAAGGGUGACUGAAGAGGGCUGCUCUGAGAAGGUGGCUUCAUUAGCAACUAUUAUUACUAUUCUUUAUCAGGGUCCCCUGGACUUUCCCCAACAUAGCCUCCAGGGAGAAGCCAACCCCUGACACUUCUCCAACCCAGUAUCCCUCUCCAGAGGCCUGAUCUCACUUCAAGAGGGUUCCGUUGAAUUCUGACUUUACCCUGAAAAACCUCCAUAAUUGGCAGGAAUAGCUGAAACCUCCUUUGCUGUUCCCAGAGGAGAGAGAGAGAGGAGUGGGCCAAGUUGAGGUUCCCAGGAAGAUAGAGCAAAAAGAUAAUCUGCCAAAAAGGGAAGGGUGGGGGAGGGGAGACUAGAACAAGAGAAGGAAAAAAAAGAUGCCAAGAUCUCUGGCUUAGAUUUAAUUUCAAACUAAUCCUGGAAGAAGCUCUUUAAAAAGCUCUAACAUUCUCCUGUUUGUGUUUGUGGAUAUUCUGGGGUUUACCAAGCUUGUACUUUAUAGAAGACAGCUCACAGCAAUUACUCCACAAUUACUUCAUCUAACAGGCAUUGAAUUUCUCCCAAGUUCUCAAUACAGAAUGAAGCACUUGGAGCCUGUGAAAUGACCAGCUGGUUGAGGCUUCAGAGGUGGCCGGCUUCAACUUUUCUAUCCCUUCUGUGCUGAUCAGAGGUAUGUGGCUUGCCCACACCCCCUUCACACCCAAUAAAAGGCUGUUCUCCUUUACUUCUCCGCCCCGUCACCAACACACACCCCACAGAUUGUAAACUCUAGAACAGUGACCCUGUUUUUUUGGCCUCAGUUUCUCCAGAACCCAGAGUAGGGUCUGGCACACAACAGGUGCUCAAUGAAUGUCUACAUUGAGGCCACUGACUUUUGAGCUCAAGGGGCAGCCAGACUUGGUGUGAGAUGACUACAGAUUGGAUCUGGGCUGGGACCUCCCUAGCUGUGCCCUUGGGCAAGGCACUUUACCUCUCUGGUCUCCGUUUUCUCCCUCAUCUGUAAAAUGUGUGUUGAAGAGGAAGGAAAAAGCUAUAAUAAAUCUACCACAGUGGGUUACUAUAAGAACCAAAAGAAGUCACUUGAGAAACUGUAAAAGAUUAUUCAUAAAUAAGAUAUUAUCUUAAAGGGGAAACUGAAAAAAAAAAAGGAAACUUAUACAAAGAUCUACCUGGGAAGAAUUGCUGUCUCCUUUGAGAAUUCCCUGGUGGUAUUGAAGGAGGGGGUAGAGAAAUUUGGGGUGGGGGGGGAUGUUUCUGGGUAUCUGGGAUACUGACUAGAAACAGGAAUCAAGUUUUCCUUUAAGCCAAGUUACCUGUUUGUCCCUGUACUUUUCCUCUAGUUAUUUUGCUUCUUCACAACAUUUUUUUCUCCUUCCCUCCUCCCUCAUCUCCACCCCCGACCUCACCAAGGAAGGAAUUGGCCAGCUCCACCCAGCCUGUCCCCCUUAGCUCCGCCCUACUCGGCGGGCUAAGAGUUAACAGCUGCACCUGUUGAGGUAUACCUGCAGUUGUCGGCACCUGUACCAGUAGCCAAUCAGCGCUAGCACUGUUGGGAACCUACCUGUCAGCAAAAUCUCGACACCCAAACCUCAACAUAAAUCAAACACUUCCCUGGGCAGGGAAUGUCUGUGUCAGGCAAGAAUUAGAGACAAGCGGUCAGCAGAGCCUCAGCGCUGAUCGUCGGAUCCUGGGAGCAGGAAGAUGUCGAAUGAACUUGAGUGAGUAAACAUCGGUGGAUGCCUGCCGCUCUUGGAGUGUGGAGGCUGGAUGGGGUUUCCUGGAGGGGGAAGAGCAGGGAGGCCGGCACCGGGAUUCACAGAGCAAUUUGUAAGGGUAAAUGAAUGGGCUGACGAUCUUACUUUGGCGUGUCAAGGCAAGCCCCAGUCUCAAGCUAGAGGUGAGUGUUUCCCUGGGAAAAUAGUUUUUCUCAUUCUCUUUGCUGAGCAGUUUCGAGCCAGGCAGGGAAACACAAGACUGAAACUGUGAAGGUUUCUGGCACCACUUUUUGAUACUCUGAAGGGGCCUUGGAAAUCAGACAACACCCCCAAUCCCAUCGAGGCUUUCUAUCUUCUUGCCAAAAGGAACUUCUUUGAGGUAGUUCUAAGAGCUGUCUUAGGCAGAGUGGGUUUCUCUAAAAGGACUUGUUUGCUGGAACAGUCCCAAGUGGGAAGGUUAUGGUGUGGUGGUUAAGCAUGUGCACUCUUUGUAGUGGGCUUGAACUAAGUUCGCAACCAGGCUCUGUCCCUGAGUGAUCUCAGACAAGACAGUCAAUUUUUCCGGGCUUCAUUUUCCUCAUCUGGAAAAUGGGUACAAGAAUGCUUUGUAGAAUUCUUGGAAGACUUAAGUGUGAUAAAAGCUGUAAAACGCUAAGCAUAAAGCCGCAGUCUGAAAAUGCGUUCAAUAAAAUGUGGUUCAUGUGAUUCAGAGGCAGUUCUAAGGCUGGGGAAGCUGAGAAGUGGUUUUUGGUAGGUCACCUCUGUUGGCUGGCAGGAUGCAUGUGCCUUCCUGCCUACAUCUGAGAUUUAAGUUCCUGACUGGCUAACGCUGAUCUUCACCAUGGGGUCCUGCUUGGGGUCCAGACCUUAGAAUAGGUAGGACAAGUCUAGGCUCUGGGCUGCUUUAGGCUGAGUUCAGGGAGCUGGCGGAAGCCAGAACUCUUUAAACACAGGCUCUUUUUUUUCCUGCCACCCUCAGAGGUGAGUGGGCAGAGGCAAGAAUUGUACCAUCUUUUUUCUAGCUACUCCUCAAUAGAUUGUUUUAAGAACUUGAAGAUCUGUGGGCAGGGCAGUGGUGGGUCCUGAACGUAGGCAGGAUUUUAUGUUCUAGCUAGCCCUUCAGUUCUUCUGGGCUGGCCAAUCAUGUUCACAGUACAAUCACUGGGGUUAACAGGCACAUUUCUUUUGAGUGAAUUUCCCAGGGUUGACAAUGUAUUGACAGUUUGACCACAACGAGAAUAAAAGUAGGAGCAUCAGAGCUGACACCUGGGUUCAAGUCCCAGGUCCAGCACUUACAGCUGUGUGAUGUUGAGCAAGUCACUUAAUCCUCACCUGUGGCCAAGCCAACCGUAGUAUCCACCUCAUGGGGUUGUUAGAGGAUUUGACAAUUUUAGAAUAGUGAUUGCUUUUAAGGCUGGUGGAGAACAAGCUGUAACAACAUUGUUACUUCAUGUAGAAAUAACCAAUCAAUGAGCAUUCCCGAUCUCUUGCUGUUUUUCCAUACUUUGAACACACACAAAAAUCUUGAGCUAUGUCUCCAUCCCAUUUAAAUUUGCUGGCUAAAAUGCGGAGACCGCAGACAAAAUCUAUCCAUUGCUGCACCUUAGAGGGUAUGCGUUCUGAAGCAGGGUUACUUGAACAGAAAAGUUUCCUGCUUUUCUCUUCCCUAAUGAUUUGGAUUUGAAGUCAGAUCCGCUGACAGUUGAGGCUUCUCAGUUUGGGGUGGGGUGAGGGAAGCCAGUUGCCUGCUGAGUAAUCGCAGGCAGACUCCAAGCCACCAUUUGAGAUUAUAAUGGCAGAGCCUGGGGGCUCAGCUGCCCCUACUGAUAAGGGGAGGAUACCCAGUGCUUGGCUUGCAAGUUCUGAGCUGCAGUGGCUGCUGUGGCCUCGGCAUUCUCCAUGCUGGUGACCUCCUGUCAUCCCCCCCCCCCCACCUCCCGGAGCGCCGUCCGCCCCCGGACCCUCCAGUUAAGAGGACUCUCCAGAAAGUGCCAAGUUAAGAGGACUGGCCAUAGCUUACAGCUUGGGGCCUCAUGGAAUGGCCAACUCUGGCCAGGCCUUGAUAUAGUGGGAAAAGUGGGACUUGCCUGUGACUCUAAAUUCUGCCACUUACCAACAGCUGGAUCCUGGCGAAUUUGUUUGUUCUGACUAACCUUCAGUCUGCUGAAUUGUCUGUAACACCUACCUGGCAGGAACAACUGUGAGCUCCCAAAUGUGGAACAGGAGCUCCAUCCGCGCCAGCCCGGUGGCCAGGCCCCGGGUGUAAGGCGGCACUUCGAAGGCUGGUCCCUGAGAAGCACGGAGGCCCGGGCGGUGUAGUUAGAAACCAGCUGGAGGUGGCUGGCGGGUGCUGAGCGCCAGGCCUUUCAUGUGGUCGCAGCGAUCUGGGUGCCUGGAGCCCGCAGCCCCGGACGGCCCCGGGCUACCGCAGGGCGCAAGGGAUCCUGGGCAGCGGCCGGGGGCGCCGGAAGUCGCUGUCAACCGCCCGGGUCUCGCGGGACAACAGCCGGCGCCCGCGAGCUGCCCGCCGUCGGGUUUUCCUGAAGGUUUCGCGGGGCCCCUGGAGAUUUGGAGCCACUAGCGAUCUCGCCGGUGACCUCCUGCCCCCCCCCCCCCCGCCCCCGCCAUCGCCAGCCGUUCCCGGACCCUCCAGGCAGGCCCUGUUGACAGCUCAGGAAAGGAGGGUUUCUCCACGAAGGGGCUUGGCACACAGUAGGUCUAAGGCGCCGAGGCAGGAGCGCCCUGGCGCGGCCUCGCUCCGUGGGCUCUGGGCCCCGCCGCCGCCGCCUGGAGUCUCCCCCCAGCUUCUCAGAGAGGCAGCUGGGCGGCGGGGGUGGGGGUGGGAAGGAGAACCGUCGCAGUCCUGACCGCGGCCGCCGCCGCCGCAGGUCUAUCUGAUCUCCAGGAGCGCCGGCUCCAGACUGCCUGGAGCACUGAAAGAGUUAACCAGGAACGCCUCCCCGCUGCGGUUUUGUGGUCGAAACCAUGAUUGCCAGGAGCAAAUUUUUGUCGUGCACUAAGUGUGUUAUUAAAAGUGGGAGCUACGCUGCUGCUGAAUGAAAAGUUAAAAGGCCUCAUUGAGUUCGGGCCGUAAAAUUGGCGGACUGGGCCAAGAGGCCGAGAGCCAACCCUAACGGCGGCGGCCCCGGCUGCGCGGGGCUCCUGCGGCUCCACCAGCUGCUGGGAGCAGACAGACGCCCGGGCUCAGGCCAGGGUCAGGCCGCGCGGUCCCCGCAGCGAGUAGCCGCAGCCAGGCUGUCGGCAAGAGCUCCCACUGAACUACUGGAGGAGGGAAGAGGGGCAGCAGGGCUGAAACCCAAAUGGGCCCGUCCAGCUUUCUCCUCUGUUAGAACAAAAAUGACAGCCAACAUUUAUGGAGCGCUGACUCCGCAUCUGACAUUGUGUCGAGUGCUUGAUAAAUACAUGAUCUCCUUCAGCCCUCCCAACAAACUAAUGAGGGAUGGGAGUGUAAAUGCAGUUUUGCCGAAGAGGGGACCCAGACUUGGUUCAGGCUUGCCCAAGCUCUCACUUGGGAUCUUAACCGGGUCUUAGCCCUGUGCCACCCCGCUAACUCUGUGCUUAGACUCUGAAAAGAAGAUAAAGGAAAUCUGCCAAACUGUUGAGAGGGAUUAUUUCUGAGCAGAAGAAUGUGGAUGAAUUCCAGUCUUCCUAUUUUUCUUUUUAGGUCUGUACGGCUGCUAAAGAACGACCCAGUCAACUUGCAGAAGUUCUCUUACACUAGUGAGGAUGAGGCCUGGAAGACAUACCUAGAAAACCCCUUGACAGCUGCCACGAAGGCCAUGAUGAGAGUCAAUGGAGAUGAUGACAGCGUUGCGGCCUUGAGCUUCCUAUAUGAUUACUACAUGGGUCCCAAGGAGAAGCGGAUAUUGUCCAGCACUGGGGGCAGGAAUGACCAAGGAAAGAGGUACUAUCAUGGCAUGGAAUAUGAGACGGACCUCACCCCCCUUGAAAGCCCCACACAUCUCAUGAAAUUCCUGACAGAGAAUGUGUCUGGAACCCCAGAGUACCCAGAUUUGCUCAAGAAGAAUAACCUGAUGAGCUUGGAGGGGGCCUUGCCCACCGCUGGCAAGGCAGCUCCACUCCCUGCAGGCCCCAGCAAGCUGGAGGCCAGCUCUGUGGACAGCUACCUGUUGCCCACCAGUGAUAUGUAUGAUAAUGGCUCCCUCAACUCCUUGUUUGAGAGCAUUCAUGGGGUGCCACCCACCCAGCGCUGGCAGCCAGACAGCACCUUCAAAGAUGACCCACAGGAGUCAAUGCUCUUCCCAGAUAUCCUGAAAACAUCCCCGGAACCGCCAUGUCCAGAGGACUACUCCAGCCUCAAAAGUGACUUUGAAUACACCCUGGGCUCCCCCAAAGCCAUCCACAUCAAGUCAGGCGAGUCACCCAUGGCCUACCUCAAUAAGGGCCAGUUCUACCCCGUCACCUUGAGGACCCCAGCAGGUGGCAAAGGCCUUGCCUUGUCCUCCAACAAAGUCAAGAGUGUGGUAAUGGUUGUCUUCGACAAUGAGAAGGUCCCAGUAGAGCAGCUGCGCUUCUGGAAGCACUGGCAUUCCCGGCAGCCCACUGCCAAGCAGCGGGUCAUCGAUGUGGCUGACUGCAAAGAAAACUUCAACACUGUGGAGCACAUUGAGGAGGUGGCCUAUAACGCGCUGUCCUUUGUGUGGAACGUGAAUGAAGAGGCCAAGGUGUUCAUCGGUGUCAACUGUCUGAGCACAGAUUUUUCCUCACAAAAGGGGGUGAAGGGUGUCCCCCUGAACCUGCAGAUUGACACCUAUGACUGUGGCUCAGGCACUGAGCGCCUGGUACACCGCGCUGUCUGCCAGAUCAAGAUUUUCUGCGACAAGGGAGCUGAGAGGAAGAUGCGUGAUGACGAGCGGAAGCACUUCCGGAGGAAGGUCAAGUGCCCCGACUCCAACAACAGUGGAGUCAGGGGCUGCCUGCUCUCGGGCUUCAGGGGCAAUGAGACUACUUACCUUCGGCCAGAGACUGACCUGGAGACGCCGCCUGUGCUGUUCAUCCCCAACGUGCACUUCAACAGCCUGCAGCGCUCUGGAGGGGCAGUCCCCUCAGCAGGACCCUGCAGCUCCAACAGGCUGCCUCUGAAGCGUACCUGCUCGCCCUUCACUGAGGAGUUUGAGCUUUUGCCCUCCAAGCAGGCCAAGGAAGACGACCUUCAGAGAGUUCUGUUGUAUGUGCGGAGGGAGACUGAGGAGGUGUUUGACGCACUCAUGUUGAAGACCCCAGACCUGAAGGGGCUGAGGAAUGCGAUCUCUGAGAAGUAUGGGUUCCCUGAAGAGAACAUUUACAAAGUCUACAAGAAAUGCAAGCGAGGAAUCUUAGUCAACAUGGACAACAACAUCAUUCAGCAUUACAGCAACCACGUUGCCUUCCUGCUGGACAUGGGGGAGCUGGACGGCAAAAUUCAGAUCAUCCUUAAGGAGCUGUGAGGCCUUUCGAGCAUCCAAACCCUCGUGACCGGCAAGGGGCCAGUAGCGACGUGGCCCCAUGCCACACACAACCUCUCCACAUGCCUCAGCGCUGUUACUUGAAUGCCUUCCCUGAGGGAAGAGGCCCAUAAGUCACAGACUCACUGAUGUCAGGGCCAGGAAGUGACCUGGGAGGUCCCCUGGCCUGAACCCCCAUGGCAUGCUUGAAUCUGCUCCCUAAACUUCCUGCCAGUGCCUCCCGAAACAAUGUCACCGUGGUUACUACCCACCGGACAGACUGUUCCCUCCUCCCAAAAGACCCUGUCUGCAGUGGCCUCCUGCAGGCUGCUCAUUAGGACGGUGGCAGCACGCGAUCCCUCCCACAGCACCAUACCUGCUGGUGUGGCCCCGACUCUCCAUCUCCCUUCAACUUCAGACAAAGGAUUUUUCACCCUUUGGUCAGUUAACUUGAAAACUCUUGAUUUUCAGUGCAAAUGACUUAAAAGACACUAUAGUGAAAGAGUCUCUUUCUCACAGACUUCCUCAAUGCAAGAUGUAAAUAGCACCAAUGAUUGACUGGAACAAAGUGACCGCCGUGUGUAACCACUGCCUUGCCACUCACUGUUGUAUACAUUUCCUAUUUACGAUUUUCAUUAUGUGUUAUAUAUAUAUAAAUAUAUUGUAUAUAUGUGCAACAUUUUAUAUUUUUCAUGGAUACAUUUUUAUCAUUUCAAAAAUGUGUAUUUCGCAUUUCUUGGACUUUUUUUAGCUGUUAUUCAGUGAUGCAUUUUUGUAUACUCACGUGGUAUUAAUAAUUAAAGUCUACCUAUGUAUUACUUCA